AUGUCAUCGAGCAAAGAACGUGUGUUUGUGACUGCAGCAACUGGAAACAUUGGUAGUGGUGUUGUUCGUGGUCUCAUCAACAGAGGAAUUGAUACGACAGCGUAUAUACGAGACGAACAGAAAGCCAAAGAUCUUUUCAAAGAUGAGCUGAACACUGGUCAUCUUAAGUUUGUCGUUGGUACCUACUCGUCUGUCGAUAUAUUUACAAAAGCUAUUCAAGGACAUACUCGUCUUUUUCUUCUCGUUGCUGCUUCUGGUGCUAGACCAACAUCGAUGAGUGAAAUCAAAGGAACUUUUGCCAAGAUUGCUUUCGAACAAGGUGUUCGUCAAAUUGUCGAUAUCUCUUCAGCCUUUGUUAGCAGCUAUGGUAAGAAAGGUAUCAUCGGGUAUAUACAUUUCUCAGCCGAAGAGAAGCUGUGGACACUUGCUGAUGAAAAUUCUGAAGAACGUUCACUUGUUGUACUUCGUCCUGGAUCUUUCAUGUCCAAUCAUUUUAUGGGCGAUGUUCAUCAUAUCAAACACUCAAAUAAAAUUGUCUCUUGUGGAUUGCCUUCGUCGAUAAUGACUUGGAUCGACACAAAAGAUAUCUCUGACUGUGCUGUGAUCGUUUUGAGUGAAUCAGUGGAGAAGCAUGAUCGUAAUGUCUACGAAAUGGGCAGUGAAACUUUGAGUAAUGAACAACGAGCAGCUGUUUUCACCAAAGUGCUGGGUAAACCUAUCAUAUAUGAACAACAAUCAAUGGAAGACUUCUAUAAGACACAUAUUAGUUUCGGCAUGUCUCAUUCAUUCGUAUACAAUUUUGCACUGGCUUCUUCGAAAGACAUCUGUGGCACUGCCACUCCGGAAAUAGCCAUCAUUAUCGGUCGACCAUUACGUACACUCGAACACUGGCUAAGAGAGAACAUCAAAUCAUUUGAAUAA